AUGGCUUCAGCAACAUUACUUCCGGGUGCUAUGGAGUUUAGUGGGCGUAAUCCGGCGUCGCAGGAAAAAUGCCAGGCGCAAUUCGAACUUGGCGUGACCCUCUGCAUCUUCAACUGGCCGUCGCUCUCCCUCGCCGUAACGAAUCAAUGGGGAGGUCCAGACUCAGCUUCUAAACGCGAGUGGUUUGCUUCGCAGACGAUCGAUCUUUUGAACGAUACGCCAGACGCAGAUGCCGAAUGGCUGGAGGAGUUUCUGUUGAAUGUCAUGUUGGAUGAGUUCGAGGUAAAUGUCGAUGAUGAGAGCGCAUAUGAGGUUGCGGAGCAGAUUAUGAGGAUUAAGAAGCAUUGUUUGAGGGGCGAGUUUGCGGAGGUGACGGAGAUGAAGGAGAAAUGGGAUGCCAGGAGGGGAGCGGAGGAUUUGGGCAAGGUUUUUGAGCGGAGGGAAAGGGGUGAGGAGGAAGAUGAGACGGAUGGGAGUGAUGAGGGAGAUGAGGAUGGAGAUGUUGAUAUGGAUGAAGCCCCUGCUUUAGUGAGAACCAGAGAACCAGUGGUGCCAGAAGUGGAUGAGGAGGGGUUCACCAAGGUCACGAAGAAGAAGCGUUGA